AGUUUGAAAAAAAACCCUAAUCUAAUCUAUCUUCUGAGAAUAAGAAGAAGAAGAGAAGGCAAGAAGAGAAGGAUCUAGGGCUGCACAACCGGCCGGUGAUGGAGGCCACUGUAGGGUGCGCGGUGGUGGAUCUGGGAUCUGGGGUGCGAGGAUCUAGGAUAGCUUGAUUCACUAGGUUUUGAGUGGUGGUGCGAUUGGUGGUUGACGACGAACGUAGCUAGUGGUGUCGGCGGCGGGUUUGGAGACCCAAGGAAGUGAAGUGGCUGAGAACGUAGCCGGUGGUGUCGGCGGCGGGUUCUGUUCCGGCGUGGUAAAGGGGGUAGUGAUGGUGGAUGUGUUGUCCUUUUGAGUGGAGUAUCUGAGGUGCAGAAGAGUGCUUGUGGAAAGGAAGAGGGUUUGGAGGUUAGAGGAGUUCAGGGAAGUGGAAAAAGGUGCAUUUCUUCAUGUUUUGCACAAGAGAAAGGAGCGUUCGUGAUUCCUUCAUGUUCUUCAUCGUUUCAGCGACUCUCAUUUCUCAAUUUUUCUUCUUUCUGUUAAUGAGGUUCCAAUUUUCCUUGAAUUAAUAGCUUCUUCUUAGUUUUUCCCAUAAAAGGGUUUAUUAAUUUGAAUGGGAGGGCUUGUUUUUCUUAUUUAUCAUUGGUCAUUUGAGAUCUGUGUCCAAGAUCUGUUUUUUUUUUUUUGGGGUUGUGUAUGUGUUUGAUUCAUCAGUCUCUGAAAUUGAAGUUUUCUCUUUACUUGAUUGAGUGGUGUAGUCAUGUUGUUGGUUCUGUAAAUAAUUGGAGGAGCUCUUGCUUCUAAAAUUGACAAAGCAACAAGGUUUGGAGACGUGAAGAAGCUGGGUUUGAGGUGAGAUUCAGGAAGGUUGUCCAGUUCCAGGAUUCCAAGCAAAGAUUAAAUUUUUUAGAUGGGUUCUUCUUCUUCUUUUUCUAGAUGUGAAAGCAUGGCUUUGGAUUUGUUUUCAUCUUAAGAAUAGUUGUACACAACUUUUCUGGGUUUUGUUGUUUUGAUGGUGGCUGAUGAUGAUAAUGAAGAGGAUGAAAGUGGAAGAUGAAGAUGUUGAUGAUGAAGGAUUUAAAAUUUUUUAAUUUUUUUAAUUUUUUACUCAAUGGCAUUACUCAGAUUUAAAAAAAAAUGAAAAAGCCACGUGGAAAAGCUGAGUGGGAUUAAAAUCAAGCCACAUCAGACCCAAACACACUUUAACCUUAAUUGAAUUAAAAAAAGUUUUUCAAGGACCCAAUUUAAUGCGAAAAUUUUACAAGAAUCAGAACUGAUUCCCUUUACGAUUACAGGGGCCAAUGGACCAUUUAAGCCAUAAUUUUAUUUUAUGCAUAGAGAAAUGGUUUUCCUCAUCAAAUUAAAUGGUUUGCACAUACAUCCAUUCAGAACCUGCUUCGCUCAUCUAUUCCUUUCCAUUUCCUCCAUUGAUUCUGCUUCAUCCCCUUCGCAUUUCCCCCAACUCUCUCUUUCUCUCUCUCUCUGUGUUCAACUCCUCAUUCGUCAAAUUACCUUAUUACCCUUCCCCAUACUUUCUUCUCCCUUUCUCCCUCGGCGAUUCCGCGAAAUUCCUUAUUCCUCCAAUCAAAUUUGAAGCUUCAUAUCAAAAAUCGUUCACCACGUUCAGGGUUUAUGAAAUUGGCGUUUCGUUAUAGGAAUGUUGGGUUCUGGUUCGGUUCAGGUGCACCGGUCCAUGCACAGUGUGGAGAACGAUAGGCUGCGGAGGGCUCACAGCGACGUCACGGCGAGGCGGUUGGCCGGUGAGGAAUCGGGAAGCAGGGAGUAUGAGAACCGGGCUGGGUCUGAUGAGAAGCAAAAACCGGCAGCCGUGUUGUCCUGUGAACCGGAGGCGAAGCGGCUGAGCAAUCUUGAGCGGUUCUUGCAGGCAAUCACGCCCUCCGUGCAUGCUCAGUAUUUAUCAAAGAGGACCAUGAGAGGGUUUCGGAUGUGUGAUGUGGAGUUUCAGCCAUACUUUGUUCUUGGGGAUCUAUGGGAAUCUUUCAGAGAGUGGAGUGCAUAUGGUGCUGGAGUGCCACUUGUGCUGAAUGGCAAUGAUAGUGUUGUUCAAUAUUAUGUCCCCUUUCUUUCUGGAAUUCAAAUUUAUGCCACAACUCCAAAGCCAUCUUUACUGUCAAGGCAACAAGGCGAGGACAGUGAUAGUGAUUUCAGGGACUCCAGUAGUGAUGGUAGCAGUGAUUGUGAACCUGAAAGAGGAUUUAAAUGCUUGAGGGAGCAUAGGAAUCCUGUGCAUCUGUCAGAUGAGGUCCCUCAUUGGAUGGGAAGAUUAUCUUUGAGAGAUCAUUGUCCUGUUCCUCAAGAUGGCUUUUCUAGUGAUGAUGGUGAAUCUGUCAAUUCUCAAGGUUACUUACUUUUUGAAUAUCUUGAACAAGACCCUCCGUACAGCCGCGAACCUUUGGCUGAUAAAAUAUUGGACCUUGCAUUACGUUUUCCAGAACUGGCUACACUUAGAAGUUGUGAUAUACUACCAUGUAGUUGGAUAUCCAUAGCAUGGUAUCCAAUUUACAGGAUACCCACUGGCCCUACAUUGAAAGACCUUGAUGCUUGCUUUUUGACGUACCACUCUCUUUAUACCCCUAUGGGAGGUUUACAAAGAGUGCAGGCUCCUGUAGUGUCAUAUCCUAGUGAGAUGGAUGGCGUCCCUAAAAUGUCCUUACCUGUUUUUGGUCUUGCUUCCUACAAAUUCAAAGGAUCUCUGUGGACUCCUAAUGGCGGAUACGAGCGCCAACUAGCUAUCUCUCUUGUUCAGGCUGCUGACAGUUGGUUAAGAUUGCUUCAGGUCAAUCACCCGGACUUCCUUUUUUUCAGCCGUAGAUAAUAUUAAGGUGACUGUGACUGUGACUGUUUUUUCUUCAGCCAUUUUGAAGUUGGCCUAGUUAUUUUCAAAUGGCAGCUCGUCCUAUUUUUUCAAGUGUUAUAGCUAAAUGAAAUCAGAGUUACUCACAGAAGAAAAUUGGGAAAAAGAAAAAGAAUGUGUUCAUGGUGGUUGUAUAGAUUAUGAGAGAAACUUCCUUGUGGGCUGUUACCUGUUAUGAGGUGGUUUUGUUAGCCAGUAUCAGUUUGAAGCACUAGUUGUUUCUUGUCUUUGUCUAACUAUGUUGAUAAGGUUGUGUUGUAGAAAACAGGCUGUAUUUUUUUCUGUCCUGAUGAUCACUAAUUACACCUAGCUUUAAUUUGCUAGCAGUAGUGUUAGGAGUAUUCCUGUUUGAAUUGCUCCAAGUAUGUACUUGAAUAGUUGAAUAUUAACAGUUCAGUUUAGCUGCAUUACAUGCAGAACUUUGCCUUGUUUCCCCCUGAAAUUUUGAUACCA